UUGACAUUUUCGGACAGCUUCAAUUUUGUGUUUCUCCCGUUUUUAUAAUCAGAUUUUGCACGCACAAACUGUUUCCAGUCGGAAAUUGUUUCCGAAAAAUUGUGUUCAUCUACGAUUAAAUUUCUCGAAAUGACGGGACCACAGGACCAGCGUCCAACCCCAGAAAUUGCCCAGUUUAUCCACGACGUCCGAUUAAGCAAAAUUGUCGGAUCCCAUGAAAUAACGUCCAUUAUUUUAUCCCUGCUGAAGACCUUCAUUAGCAAGUCGGAAUGGUCAACGGCUGAACACCUAAUGUCGCAGAUCCGCCACCAGGGACGACUCCUGGUAGCAGCCCUCCCGCAGGACAUCGUCAUCGCAAACACCGUCCGAAGAAUAUUGAAAAUAAUCCGCGAAGAGUACGACACCGCCCAGCUGCGGGUACAUUUUGACGACGCGCAGACAUCCCUCUCGCUGCACAAGUUGGUCACUCAAACGAGCGAACAGAAACGGUGGGAUUAUUCGAAACCACAGGAGGGCCUAAAGGAUGCACUGUUGGAACAUUUAAGUGAGAUUGAGACCGAGCUGGAAACCUGUUCGGAUAAUCUUUCCUCGCAGGCAACUGAACACAUUCACUCGGCGGAACUGAUUAUGACGCUCGGGUAUUCGAGGUCGGUGGAAAAGUUUCUGAAGAAAGCAGCCGAACAUCGAACCAUUGAGGUUAUUGUGGCGGAGUGUGCUCCGGUUUGCAAGGGACAUCAGCUGGCGGUUAGUUUGGGACGGGCUAAAAUUCAGACGACGGUUAUUGCGGAUUCGGUCAUUUUUGCGAUGAUGUCCCGGGUGAAUAAGGUGAUUAUUGGGACGCAUAGUGUGCUGGCUAAUGGAGGGUUGAGGGCGAUUUGUGGGGCUUAUUCUUUGGCGCUGGCUGCGAAGCACUAUUCGGUGCCGGUGAUUGUUUUGGCGCCGACCUAUAAAUUGACGCCGGUUCAUUUGUCCAACUAUAAUCAGGAUGAUUUUAAUAUUCUGGCUAAUACUGAGGCGGUUAUUCCGUACAGUUCGCCUGCGGCGAGGUUUGCCAAGGCGUACAAUCCCGUGUUUGAUUACGUGCCGCCGGAACUGGUGACGCUGUUUAUUACGAAUACGGGUGGCAACGCUCCGUCCUACGUCUACCGAUUGCUGAGUGAACUUUACCAUCCGGACGAUAACGAACUAUAAACAAUUAUCUUACACACAAGCGGCAGAAACAUAACUAGGACCUUUAUUAAUAAAUUUCUUUUGCUACGUUACAA